GACAGAUGUGGGCGUGUAGUUGGGAGUUUAGAAAGGGACAACCCCACCAUUCCAUUUUCAAACGUGUUCAUUUCACUGGUCACUGUCAGAGCCACUGCACCACUUGCAUCACAAAAUGGGUCCCUACACAAUCACCUACUUUGGAGUCCGAGGGCGCUGUGGCGCUAUGAGGAUCAUGAUGGCCGACCAGGGCCAGGAGUGGAAGGAGAUCCUGAUGGACUUUGCUGACUGGACGAAAGGAGAUCUGAAAGCCUCUUGUGUAUUUGGUCAGUUGCCCAAGUUUGAAGAUGGAGGAUUGGUCCUGUACCAAUCCAAUGCCAUUCUGAGGCACUUGGGCCGCAAUCAUGAUGCCUAUGGGAAAGAUGGAAAGGAGGCUGCCCGCAUUGACAUGAUGUGUGAUGGCGUUGAGGACCUUCGUCUUAAGUAUGGAAAAAUGAUUUACCAGGAAUACGAUACUGGUAAAGACCAAUACAUCAAAGACCUUCCUAACCACCUCGACAAGUUUGAAGCUGUGAUGGCCAAAAACAAGACUGGUUUUCUUGUUGGUGACAAGCCUUCGUUUGCUGACUACAGUCUGUUUGAAGUGCUGCUCAACCACCUGGUGCUCUGCUCCAGUUGCCUGGAUACCUCCCCCUCCCUGAAGAGCUUUGUCGAGAAGAUGUCAGCCCGUCCCAAAAUCAAGGCCUUCCUGGGCUCUGACGCCUACAAGAAACUGCCCAUUAAUGGCAAUGGCAAACAGUGAUAUUCCUGAACAAAGAAGGCUAGAUUCCAUCCAUUUACCUUCGCUGUAACCUGAACGGUUUUGGAUAAUAGCAAUUUUUUACAAGUCCAUCUUAUACAUUAGCCCACAAUAAACGUGUUAACUAUAUGUACAAUUGUUAGCUACUGAGUUGAUUAAUUGUAGUUUUCAUAUGUAAAAAUAAUAAUAAAGAUAUUUUUGAGAGCA